AGUCGUUGGCACCACAAAGAAAGAACCAAUCAGAGUCGUUGGCGGAAACGACUAAGAAGCCCGGUACAGCACUUGCUAGCUCGCCUCCGUGGACGAGAUUCUGAGAACAGCCGCAACCCAAGAGCGCCGCAGACCUGUAGGUGGGGAUCGUCGAAAGGUCUCGUGAGCCGCCGCCAACAUGCCGGCCGCACUCACGGAUGCCAGCCAGAUCAUCUGCGAGGUCUGGGCCAGCAACGUGGACAACGAGAUGAAGAAAAUCCGACAGAUCAUCCAGAGCUACAACUACAUCGCCAUGGACACGGAAUUUCCCGGCGUGGUGGUUCGGCCAAUCGGCGAGUUCCGCAGCACGGUGGACUACCAGUACCAGCUGCUGCGCUGCAACGUGGACUUGCUCAAGAUCAUCCAGCUGGGCCUCACCUUCAUGAACCAGGACGGCGACUACCCGCACGGCACCACCACCUGGCAGUUCAACUUCAAGUUCAACCUCACAGAAGACAUGUACUCUCAAGACUCGAUCGACCUCCUGCAGAACUCGGGCCUUCAGUUCAAGAAGCAUGAGGAGGAAGGCAUCGACACGCUCUACUUCGCCGAGCUGCUUAUGACGUCAGGCCUGGUGCUGUGCGACAACGUCAAGUGGCUCUCCUUCCACAGCGGCUACGACUUUGGCUACCUCGUGAAGCUGCUGACGGAUGCCAGGUUGCCCGAGGAGGAGCACGACUUCUUCCAGAUCCUCAACCUCUUCUUCCCCGCUAUCUACGACGUCAAAUAUCUGAUGAAGAGCUGCAAGAACCUCAAGGGCGGCUUGCAGGAAGUGGCGGACCAGCUGGAGCUGAAGCGUAUCGGGCGGCAGCAUCAGGCGGGUUCUGACUCGCUGCUCACCGGCAUGGCCUUCUUCAGGAUGAAAGAGCUGUUCUUCGAGGACAACAUCGACGACGCCAAGUAUUGCGGCCGCUUGUAUGGCCUGGGCUCGGGCUCCACGCAACCCCAGAACGGCAUCGCCAGCUCGGGCCAGGAGGAGAGCAACAACAAGCACUGACUGGCGGCCUUGCCCUCGUUGCACUUGUUUUAGAAACCUUUUAAAUCCAUUGUUUGUUUGUUAUGGGGUUCGCUUGUUGUCAUUGGCGAGCGUGGGACCACAACACCAGCAGCAGUUUUUCUUACCAAGCUGCGCUCACUCGGUUUUAAAGUGAACGCCGGUAGGGCCCUCCACCCAUUGUAAAUUUCAAAUGGAUAAUUGUUUUUUUUUUUGAAAGAGAAAUAAAAACGUUUUAGAAUUUUUCUCCAGAUGUUAAGAGAGAACGUUUUAAACGCAUGCGUCCGUUUUUUGUCCGGGCCAAACUACUGUCGGCGUGAAGAUGUUACCGUUGUUUUUAAGUUCUGACUUGUUUUAAAUUGUUGUACAUUAAAUUGUUUUGUAUUUUCAA